UUCACAUGUGACUUCACUGACAGAUUUAAAAAUAUCUGUUCUAAUGUUUUGAUUGUACUACAUCCUUUUAAAUUUUUUCUUUAAAUACUUGGUUAAAGUACUUUCAGGAUGAGUUUAAGUAAAAAUGAUCCGAAUUCGUUUUCAAACCCUGAAGAAUGCACUGUUUCUCACAUUGAUUUGAGAUUAGAAGUUGAUUUUAAAAAACAUAUAUUAAAAGGCUGUGUAAACUUAUCAGUCGAAAGGAAUACGAAUGCUUCACUGGUUCUUGAUACCAGAGAUUUGACUAUUUUAAAUGUAUAUGAUGGCGAUACAUUGCAGAAACUCGGAUACAGCCUAGGUAAUCCAGUGACAUUUUAUGGAAGUAAAUUGGAAAUAAAUUUGACCUCUCAAGCAGAUUCUAAAAAAUGCAGAGUAUGCAUUGAUUAUGAAACGUCACCUAAAUGUAGUGCCCUUCAGUGGCUUAAACCUAAUCAAACAUCUGGGAAAAAACAUCCUUAUCUGUUUAGCCAGUGUCAACCGAUUCAUGCUCGUUCUAUGCUACCUUGUCAAGAUACUCCAGGCAUAAAAACUCCGUACAAUGCAGUGGUCACUGCUCCUAGCGAAUUGACUGUUUUAAUGAGUGCUGUAAAAGUGAGUGAAGAUUUAGAUGAGAGUAAAUUGAUUAAAAGUCAUACAUUUAAACAGAAGGUUCCCAUUCCAAGCUAUUUAAUUGCCAUUGUUGUUGGAGCCUUAGAAAAAAGAAAAAUAGGUCCUCGCUCUCAUAUUUGGUCUGAAAAAGAGUAUGUAGAUAAAGCUGCUGAAGAAUUUUCUGAGACGGAACAAAUGAUAAGCACUGCUGAAGAUCUUUUAGGAGAAUAUGUUUGGGGAAUUUAUGAUUUGCUAGUUCUUCCGCCAUCUUUUCCAUAUGGUGGAAUGGAGAACCCAUGUUUAACAUUUCUAACUCCUACACUCUUGGCUGGUGAUAAGUCUUUAGCUGAUGUUGUUGCUCAUGAAAUAAGCCACAGUUGGACUGGAAAUUUGGUGACUAAUCGGAAUUUUGAGCAUUUUUGGUUAAAUGAAGGCUUCACAUGCUUUGUUGAAAAUAAAAUAGUAGGACGCAUGCAUGGAGAAAGUGCCAGACAUCUGCAUGCUCUUGAAGGAUGGGAACUUUUGGAAUAUGCUGUUGAAACUUAUGGUGAAAAAAAUCCAUUAACAAAGUUGGUUUUAGAUUUAAGAGGCAUUGAUCCUGAUGAUGCCUUUAGCUCCGUUCCAUAUGAAAAAGGUCACACUUUAUUAUUUUACCUUGAGACGCUUCUUGGUGGUGCAGAUGUGUUUGAUAAGUUUUUGAGAGCCUAUAUACAAGAGUAUAAAUACAAAUCCAUCGAUACAGACACAUGGAAGAUGUUCUUAUACAAGUAUUUUUCCAAUCAGAAAGAUGUCCUUGACAAGGUUGAUUGGAAUGCUUGGUUAUAUACACCUGGGAUGCCACCCGUGAAGCCUGAAUAUGACUGUUCUUUAGCCAAGAAAUGUAUGAACUUAGCUGGUUUAUGGACCCAAGCGAGUGCAGAGGACCUUGAUCAAUUCUCUGCCAAAGAUAUUGCUGAAUUUUCGUCAUAUCAACUACAAAAAUUUCUUUCUUUCCUUCUUCAAGAGGAAUCGUUUCCACUCAAUAAAAUUGAAAAACUGACUGAUGUGUAUGGCUUGAAGAAUACAAGAAACUCUGAAGUACAAUACAGGUGGAUUAGGUUAGGUUUAAAAGCUCAGUGGAAAGGAAUAAUUGAUUCAGCUCUCGAAUUUGUUACUACCAUUGGACGUAUGAAGUUUAUCAGACCAAUUUAUAGGGAUAUGUAUGCCUGGGAUGAAACUAGAGAAAAAGCAAUAUCUGUGUACUAUCAACAUCGAGAUGAAAUGAUGUAUCAAAGUGCUUCUGCAAUAGCUAAAGAUUUGCACAUUUCUGAGACAAAAACAGAACACUCUUAAUGAUUUUUGAAUAUAGACCUUAAUUCCAAAAACAUAGCUAAUUUAUUGUUGAAUUUUUAAAUUACCAUCAUAAGGUAUAUUUAUUGAUGAAUGUAACCACUGGAAGAGGGGAAAAAGCUAUGUCACAUUGUUUCAUUAUUUUAGAAUUGCUACAGCAUGUAAUUGAAACAGUAAAAACUGUUGCAAAAAUAUUAGCAUUCAUUGUUUUGUUAUUUUUAAAAAAUGUUUUCAGAAUUUAAUA